AUGAGCUCUGUGGUGAUCUACGAUGCGACAACAGCAACAUGCCCUUCAAGUAUCCCAGUUUGCGGUACUUACAUGGCCUACGAUAGCCCGGACAAGACGACCGGCCAGACUGUGAUACGAUGCUCCGAUGGGAAAGCAGCAGCGACGUUCUACAGAGACACCUCGACAUCGAGCAAGGAAGCAUCAGCCAGCUCAUCAUCCACUACGUCGUCCGUUUCCAGCUCUCUCACAACGCUAGUCCGGACGGCUACAGUCACAGUAACCGACAGCACUUCAUCACCAGAGCAGCCGAGUACGACGUCGCCCUCCGCCGUCGCGGCCACCACCACCCCAGGGCACGAGGAUGUGAAUGGGAGCCAAAACCUAGCCUGGAUCGCCGGCCCGAUCGUCGGUGGCAUCGCUGGAAUCGGCAUCGUCGCGCUCCUCGUCUGGAUCGUCUUGCUCCUCCGGAAGCGCAAACAGGCCGAGCAGCAAGGCACAUCACCGGCGAUCAAUAGCUCUUACGCGCCAGGGAAGGGCUCUCCCUCGACCGGCACGGCUUCGUUCUACGUCCCAGGACAGGAGCGGGUAGUGUCGGCGGAACUUUCUGCGCACGAGGUACCGCAGCGACCGGUUGAGCUGCAGGGCAUUGAAUCGGGGCAGUUUCCAGGUCGGAGGCAAGGGGCUGAGCUAGAAUAG